AUGAUUCCACCGCAGGAUGACGAGGAAACACCUUUUCUGCAACGACCAGACUCACCAGAGCAGCCAAAGGCUAAGACACCUCUUCCCUGGGAUCAAUUUUGGCUUCUACUGCUCCUGGAGAUACCAGAUUUUCUUUCUGCUCGGACCCUUGCCCCGUUUAUUCCCCAACUCAUUAGGGAUAUUGGAGUCACUCACGGAGACGAAUCCCAGGUUGGUUAUUAUGUCGGCAUCCUUGGAUCAUCAUCCUCUGCAGCUCAUACCCUGACUAUUUUUCAUUGGAGUCGACUGUCCGACCACAUCGGGCGGAAGCCUGUAAUGCUGACAGCUCUAUCAGCAAUUUCUGUCUCGAUGUUUUCAUUUGGGUUGUCGAAGACCUUCCUUGGUCUGGUAGCAAAUCGUGUUAUCUGCGGAGCAUUUGAUUCGAGCGGUGCUGUUCUCAAGACCUUGGUGAUGGACAUUACUGACACAACCAAUAUGCCCAAGGCAUACGGUUAUACGCCAAUUCCAGUGAUGAUCGCGACCACAGUUGGACCACUCAUUGGGGGAUUGCUUUCCCAACCAGCAGACAGAUUCCCCAACAUCUUUGGCCGAUCAGAACUUCUGAAAACCUACCCAUAUCUCCUGCCAUGCUCUAUCUCGGCAUUUUUCAUAUCGAUAAUUUGGCUAGUCGCGUAUAUUUGUCUCAAUGAGAGCGUUUCUACCAGGACACCACUUUGGGAGCUAAUUAAGGGGGGAUUUUUUGGACAGUCACGCUCAAAGCCUCGCCAGUCAUCGUGCAAUGUUACAUUUGAUCCUGCGAAUCCUGGAGAAGUCCAAUCAAAGCCGCUUCCGCUUCGCGCCUUGCUAACCUCGAAAGUGUUGAGUGUGACAGCGAGUUAUACCACCAUGGGCCUGUUUCACAUGGCGUUCAGUUCAGUCUUACCUGUUUUCUAUGCGACACCAAUUGAACUUGGUGGUCUUUCCCUUGACCCUCCUCGCAUCGGUGCUUUACUUGCGGCAUCAGGUAUCAUACAAGGCAUAUUCCAGCUACUUUUCUACGCUCGCUUACACGAUCGCUUCGGUGCAAGAGUUAUCUACAUCACCGGCAUUAGCUCCGGCAUACCCAUCGUCAUUUUAUUUCCAGUGAUCAAUGCUCUGGCUCGAGCCUAUGGAAUAGGUAUGGCGGUGUGGCUGUGUGUUGCCGUCCAGCUUACGCUGAAAACUAGCUUGAUCAUGUGCUUCCCCUCCAUGAUAUUAUUUAUCAGAGCAGCUGCUCCCAAUCGCGCCUCGCUCGGAGCAACCACUGGAAUCGCGCAGGUGGCUCUCGCAGUAGGAAGGAUCGUUGGCCCGGCGUCUGCGGCUUCAAUAUUCUCUUAUUCACUGCAGGAAGGGCAUGAUGCGUGGUUGAUAUAUUACUUUUUGAUCGCGAUUGUAUUUCUCGCUGUAGGUACUGCUCUAUUGCUUCCCCGUUAUCCUAAUGUAUGA